AUGGACAGGACUGCCCAAUGGCACCAGCAGAGCCGGACUCCCAUCAUCUCUGAGCCUUAUGUCCCUGCCACCACGUCUAUGCCCUCAACUCAAACACCGUACCUGGCCGUCACCCAACCGCACAAUGCCAUGUCGGUUGGUGCCCUCGUGGCGCCUGCCAUCCACCCUGACCUCUCCAAUGACUGCGGCUUGAUGUGGAAUAGUGUCGAAAUUACAUCUGGACACCAGACUCCUUUGUACCAAGGCCCCCAUCAGAUUCACGAGUCCGUAGAAGACAGUCGGUACUACGCUACCCCGGAAACGUGCCCGUCUCCUCUCUCGGAUGGCACUUCCCUAUCAGUGCACUCUCACUCCCGUUCGUCUGUCGUCUCCACACCGGUUACGGUCGCUGAGCCGUAUCCCGAGAGCCUCAUGGAACCCGACCUGACUUCCUCGCCAAUGUCCAUGCAGUCGAAUAUGCGCUGCUGGGAACAGCCAGACACCAGCCUUCCGUCCCUAAGCAUGAUGCCCCUUCCUCUCACCGAAAACCUCCUUCAUCCGUCUAUCCACUGCCACUAUCCAUCGCCCAGCUGGUCAGCGAGCCCAAGCCUGACCUACGAGGAACACGCCCUCCCUCCCUCCUCGUACCCACCCGCAAUGAACUGGAAGUCAUGGGCGAUAUGA